AUGCAUUUUCAGGAGUUAGGUAAGCAAGUGAGCAAGCUUGCGCUCAUGGUUAGCCAUUUGGAGUCCCAAGGUAAGCUACCGUCCCAAACUAAGCCUAUUCCUCAACAUAAUUCAAGUACAAUGACACUAAGGAGUGGAAAGGUUUUGGAAUCCGAAUCUAGCAUGAGUCGUGCCCACGACGCUGGUAGUGAUAAGAAGAAACUUGACACAGAGGCUCUAGUGGAGUCAGCACCACAAAAAUCAUUUGCAGAAACAGGUGUAAUUAUUCAACUUGCAGAUAGAUCUGUAGUGCAUUCAGAAGGAGUGCUGGAAGACGUUCUUGUUAAGGUAAACGAGCUAAUAUUUCAGGCAGAAUUCUACAUUAUCGAUAUAGAGGAUGACAAUUCGACCAAUUUGUCUAACAUACUUCUUGGGAGACCAUUCUUGAGUACCGCACAAACGAAGAUUGAGGUACGAGGUGGGAUACUCACUAUGGAGUUUGAUGGGAAAGUGGAUGAAUUACGAACUGUUCUUCGUAAAAGUCUAGACUUUGAUGCCAUGGAGGAAUUAGAGGAGUGGAUAACCUUUGAAGAGUUUGUUUGCGAACCAGUGGCUCAUAUGGAGGCACCGCAAUUACGGAAAAAUCCAGGUUCCAGUGGCACCGGGGGAUCAAAAGAAGACGAAGUUUACGUGUUCAUUUGGCGCGUUCGCUUACAGACAGAUGUCGUUUAG